AGCUAACGAGCACUCGCCAAUGUCACCUAGCUCCUACUCGAUCAGCACAUGCUCUUGCUGCCCUCCUUAUGAUCACUUUUAUUGCCGCCACCUAGCUCACCGUCGCCGUGGGCGUGCACCCUCACCGCACAUGGCGUGGUGCCCACCGGACAUGCACAGACCAGCGCCUGUUACGAAAUCUCAAUCCAUGGAACACAAAUACGUUGAGCUACCAAAGAAACGGCAUCUGAACAAGAGCGAGCGUGCCAUUCUCUUCCAGAUGCUGCCUUACGCGACGGCGGCGGAGGCGGAGGCGGGGCUGGGGCGCGCCCUGACGCACGCCGAGGCGGCAUGGCUCGGCUACUCGGCGACCGUCCCCGACCACCUCCUCUACUGCCACAACGUCGCCAUCCUCCUCCUCCUCUACACCAUCGCGCCGCUCCCGCUCGCGCUGCUCGAGCUCCGAGCCCGCCGCGCCGGUCCGGGGGAGCCACUGUUCUCCUUGCAGCGGCUCAAGCUGCAGCCACGGGCUUGCCUCUCGCCGGCGGCCAUCCUGCGCUGCUACCUCGACACGGCGCGCGUCCUGCUGCUCACCGUCGGCACGCUGAGCCUCGUCUCCUAUCCGGCCGUCAGGGCGGUCGGCAUCCGGACGGGGCUGCCGCUGCCGUCGCCGGGGGAGGUGGCGGCGCAGAUUGCGGUGUACCUGCUGGUGGAGGACUACCUCGGCUACUGGAUCCACCGGCUGCUCCACACGAGGUGGGGCUACGACCACAUCCACCGCGUCCACCACGAGUUCACGGCGCCCGUGGGCUACGCCGCGCCCUAUGCGCACUGGGCAGAGGUGCUCAUCCUCGGCGUCCCCGCCUUCACUGGCCCCGCCAUUGUGCCCUGCCACAUGACCACCUUAUGGCUCUGGUUCGUACUGCGCCACCUCGAGGCCAUAGACAUCCACAGCGGGUUCAACUUCCCAUUCAACCCGACAAAGCUUAUCCCGUUCUACGGAGGGGCAGAACACCAUGACUACCAUCACCGUGUAGGAGGGCAGAGCCAGAGCAACUUCUCUUCUGUUUUCACCUUCUGUGACUACUUGUAUGGAACAGAUAAAGGGUACAAACACCACAAGGCAAGCCUAGCAAAGAGCUGAAGAAAUUGGUAGAAAGCAAUGUCGAGAAAGGAGACGAGAUCCAUUUUAAUUAGCAGGCAGCAGGAAACAAGCAUUGAGAUCAGCUCCAUUGAUCGUAGGCCCGCCCCCGGUUGUAGUUCUAAUCUAUUUUCAAAUAAUGCAAUCAGUGGCCUUCAUGGCCAAUCUUGUGCGAAUUUAAUCUUCCAAACGAACACAGCUCGCUCAUGUGUGGUUCCCUUUAUGGAACUCACAGACAGCAAAAUUAUCUUGAGCUGUUUUUUGGUGGUAGGGCUAGUCACACAUGGAAUUAUUGCUAUUGCAACACUACACAACAUUUAUCACUGUGCAGGCCCAGAUGCCGUACCUUGUAAUAAAUGAUAUGCAUAUGUUAUGCAUAGCAAUAAAUAAAAUCAUUUAUAAGGUAAUAUUGAUAUUA